AUGGCAUGGCAUGACCAUGCUGCGCAGGGCGACGAUGACGCGACGACCGCGCUGCUCGCUAGCGCUGGCUUUGUAGCGCACCACGAGACAGUCGUGGACGUGGCGUGUGCGCCGGUGGCCGAGGAUGCGUACUCGGGGGAUGUGUGCUUGCGCCAAAGCGUCGAGCUCAAGUUUGGCGACUUUGUGGCCUACUACGAGGCCAAGCGACGAGGCCAAUCGCACUGGCUCAUGGACACGGAAGACGAGCUUCAGUUCUACCUCGCGCAGUGUCCGCUGCAGUCGACAACGCCGGCGACGCCAGCGGUGCUGCCGCACUUGGCCUCGACCUUUCCGCCACCAAAGGCGAUCGCGGAGAUGGCACUGACCCAAGUGAAUUUGUGGAUGACACUGCAAGCGAGCCGCACGACACUGCACUAUGACGCGUACGACAACGUGCUCACGGUCGUCCGUGGCGCCAAGCAUGUCAAGCUCUUUGCGCCGACAUCCGACGUCGGCGCACAUCCCGUGACCUCAAAGUCCGCCAAUCACGCACGAUUGACGCUCGACGAACUUGACGCGCGCGCACCCGACGCAACGUUCACCGUGACCCCAACCGACGCUCUCUUCAUCCCCGAGGGCUGGUGGCACCAGGUCUCGUCGGACCCGUUCACGAUCGCGGUCAACUAUUGGUUUGACGGUCUUCGACCGGCGCUGGUCCAGCACCCGCACAUGCAGCCCUACUACGCUCGAGUGCUCUUGGAAGACAUGCUGGCGCACGCCCGAAAGCAGGCGCUGCAGGCGUACCUCGAUCGACAGCAAGUUACACUUGGCACGUCGCUGCCUUUCCCAGACGCCGCUGCGAUGGCCAUGGCGGCACACGUGGCCACACACGCGACAACGACGCCGGCGCUGCUGAGUCUCGUGCCGCGUCGUGACAUCCACUGCGUCUGCCUUGCGCUGAGUGCGAGCUUUCCGGUAGCGUGGAAGCAGCUGCUGCAGAAGGACGCACCGACCGAAGUGCUCGAGCUGCUCACGGAAGCGUGGGACGACCACGAGGCGAUCGUCCACACGACGCGGGUGGCGUCACCUGGCGCGUACUUUGAGGCAAUUUACGCGCCCUUCUCGCUGGACGAGCAAGAGGAGCUUCAGGCGCACUUGCUCGCGGCCAAAGAAGCCUUUGCACUGCACGUUUGUCACGACCUUUUGCGGUCGACCCUCGGGCUCUCGAGCUGA